AUGUCUUUCUCAUGGCUGACUUGUUCACUUCUGCUGGGAACUUUAUGCGCAGGGUACAGUGUGGGCGAGGCAGAAACACGCGAGUGCGUGUUUUAUAAUGACAAUUGGCGCGCUGAGAAGACCAACCAGAGCGGCUUUGAGCGCUGCGACGACAAGGACAAGGACAAAGACAAGCGGCUGCACUGCUACGCCUCCUGGCUCAACUCCUCAGGGACCAUCAAGCUGGUAAAGAAAGGAUGCUGGCUGGACGAUUUCAACUGCUAUGAUAGGCAAGAGUGCGUCUCUAUAGACGAGAACCCUCAGGUCUUCUUCUGCUGCUGCGAAGGCAACUACUGCAACGAGCGCUUCACCCACCUCCCCGACUUGAUCGGUGAGGGACGAAAAGUCAAAAUCCGGCCUCCCCCUCGAGUGCCAUCCAUGCUCAAUGUGCUGGUCUACUCCCUGCUGCCACUCUGUGUGCUCUCCUUGGCAAUCAUCUUGGCCUUGUGGAUGUACCGUCACCGCAAGCCCCCCUACGGCCAUGUGGACCUAAGUGAGGACCCGGGACCCACCCCUCCAUCACCCAUGGUUGGCCUAAAACCCUUGCAGCUGCUGGAAAUCAAAGCCAGAGGGCGCUUUGGUUGCGUUUGGAAAGCACAGCUCAUGAGCGAAUAUGUUGCGGUCAAGAUUUUCCCUGUGCAGGAUAAGCAAUCGUGGCAAAACGAGCGAGACAUCUUCUUGACGCCGGGCAUACGACACGAGAACAUCCUGCGCUAUAUCGCCGCUGAGAAGCACGGCAGCAACCUGGAGACAGAACUGUGGCUCAUCACGGAGUUCCAUGAAAGGGGUUCGCUGACUGACCACCUCAAAGGCAACACUGUGACCUGGAGCGAGCUGUGCCUCAUAGCAGAAACAAUGUCCCGCGGCUUAGCUUAUCUCCACGAGGACAUUCCAAGCAGCAAGGGAGAAGAACCCAAACCCACUAUUGCGCACAGGGAUUUUAAGAGUAAGAAUGUCAUGCUACGACACGACCUGAUUGCAGUAAUUGGAGACUUUGGUCUUGCUGUUCGCUUUGAACCAGGAAAACCUCCAGGAGACACUCAUGGACAGGUGGGUACACGACGCUACAUGGCUCCCGAAGUGCUGGAAGGAGCCAUCAAUUUCCAGCGUGACUCCUUCCUGAGGAUAGAUAUGUACGCAAUGGGCCUGGUAUUGUGGGAACUAGCGUCCCGCUGCAAUGAGACAGAUGGUACAGUGAGCGAGUACCUGCUGCCAUUUGAGGAUGAAAUAGGGCAGCAUCCUACCCUGGAGGAUCUGCAGGAUGUGGUCGUGCACAAGAAGAUGCGUCCAAUCAUCAAGGACUCUUGGCUAAAACAUCCUGGUCUGAGCCAGCUGUGCGAGACCAUCGAGGAAUGCUGGGACCACGAUGCCGAGGCCCGCCUCUCGGCCGGCUGCGUGGAGGAACGCAUCGGUCAGAUCGCCAGGACCAUUGGCGGGACUACCUCAGACGGCCCCGUCUCGAUCGUCACGUCGGUCACAAAUGAGGACCUACCUCCCAAAGAGUCCAGUACCUGA